AUGAAGAACCUCUUUUUCGCCUUGGUGUUGUUCGUUCUAACUGUGGCUCAAGCGUUCUCCUUUACUCCUGUUGUUGCUCCGUCCAAGAUGAGUGGCGCUUCCUCCAAGACCAGUCUCUCUGCUGGACCCAACAUUGAAGUCGUCUCCCAACCCGAUAAAGACUUUCUUGAGAAAAAAGGUGUGUUCUCCUGGGGUACUUGGGGCUGUGAAGCUUCCAAAUUUCCCUGGACCUAUGAUUCCAAUGAAUCUUGCUACCUGUUGGAGGGACAAGUUACUGUCACUCCAACCGAUGAUCGACCACCCGCAACCUUUGGGAAGGGAGACUUCGUCACGUUUCCAGCUGGAAUGUCCUGCACGUGGGACGUCUCAGUGCCUGUGAACAAGCACUUCAUGUUCUUCUAG